AUGAGCAGCGCGAAUAGCUCAGUAUCAUCGAGCCCCAUUCACACCCCGACAACAGCACGUGAAUCACGAAGCGCCAACGAGGCACUACAGAGGGUGGCAAAUGUUAUGAUAGCGGUGACGGAAUCUUGCAGACAGCAGUUUCGAGAACAAUAUGCAAAUGACGAUGAAUCUUUUGGGCGCAAUGGGCGGAGGGACUCGGCCUCUCAAGUUUCGACUCCAGAUCUAGUCUCUCCCACUACAGUCGACGACAACGACAACUACGAAGCCAAACGCCAGACCAACCAUCUUGUAUCCAGUCCGCGACUCAAUCUAUCGACCUGGGAUUCUAACCAAGCACCAAAGAUCCAUGUAUUGCCUGUGAUGCUUACGCUUCCUCGCAAUCCGACCGUUCCUCAGCUCCGGCGGCUCUCGUACCGGUACCUCCCCAUCGCGCAGACCCGGACUCCAAACACAUCAAACCUUCACAGAGAUGUUCGCAUUUCACAGCCAGGGCUCGCGACCCAUCCGAGAAAUCAGAUGAACGACUUUGCGUCACAUAGAAGAUUAGCCCCUGGAGGGCUUGAGCACACAUUAGAGUACCCCGACCUGUUUGAAGCAGCUCGGAGGAUUGUGUUCACCCGGCGAGUGAAGCACUCCGUAGAGGCAACAUUGUCAAGAAUGAUACACGAAAAUUCAACACAAGCCGAGGGCAAUGAGGAACGUCUAUCUUGGACCCAGCACAGCAAACUUCACCAAUCACUACCACUUCUCAACAAGGCACCUCGGCCACAACUGCCGUCUGCCCAAAAAACCUGGCUCGUGGGUGUCGCCAUGGCCCCAGCCCUGGGCAUCUCCCAGUCUUUCACAAAUGUGGGAUCUGGCCAGCACUCGUGGUUUACCGCGGCUUACGCUCUCACCGUUGGCGUCUUUGACUUGCCCUCAGCACGCCUAGGAGACACCUUCGGUCGUAAACCCGUCACCGUUCUCGGCUGUCUCUGGCGGUGGAACGGCACGGUGUACUUCUGCAUCUGCCGCGUCAUGCAAGGGAUCGGCCCGGCCCUCUGUAUCUCCAAUGGCUUCACUACUCUCGAGAUGACGUUGGUUCCAGGCCAGAAAAAGGAUAAGGCAAUCUCAAUCUUCAGUGCUUCCGCACCCGUGGGCUUCGCCCUUGGCACAGUCAUGUCGUCACUGUUCGCCCGCGGCGCUGCAUGGGAGUGGUCAUUCUUCGUUCUCGCCGCCGUCAGCGUCUCGGCCGGCGGGUUGGGACUGCUAGUGCUCCCCUGCCAAGCCCUCACGAAGAAACACUCUGGCAACAGCAUAUGGGUGCGGCUUGAUCUCUCUGGCACAGUCCGCGGCGCCAGCGGUCUCAUGCAUUUCAGCCUUUCAUGUAAUCAGGCUCCGGCCGUGGCUUGGCAAACCCCCUACUGCUACUUCUUCCUCAUCGUAGGCGCCAUGUUCUUCGCAGCAUUCACCUACAACGAAACAGUGGUCGUAAACCCAUUACUUCCCCUGAACACCAUAGGCUCGGUGACGAAUCUGAUACUAACUUGCACGGCAGCGGUCUGGGGUUGUUUCGCCAUCUGGGCGUUUUAUACCUUUCAGCUCCUAGUGCUGCUGCGCGAGUGGAACUCGCUCAUGGCCAGUACCAGCCCUGUGUACUGGGCAUCUUUCGUGGCCGUCUUGUCUUUGCUGCUGGCGUCUAUCCUGAUGGCUACGGCACCGCCUGAGCAGACGCACUGGGCCAACGCCUUCGUCAGCAGCUUGCUUGCGCCUUUGGAAAUGGUCGUGGCAAGCCCCCUUGCGACGACUAUGUUGCGGGAGAAUCUGCCAGAGGAGCAGAAAAGAAUCGCAAGCAGUGUGGUCUUGGCCAGAUCGAGCUACGCCAUAUCGUUUUUCAUGGGAAUAGCGAGUUCGGUCGAGGUUCAAGUAAAUCAGGGUGGCUCGGAUGUCUUGUCAGGAUGCAGAGGAGCGCAAUAUUCUGGUGUAGGUCUCGGAAGUCUGAGAGUCUUGCUGGUAACGGCGAUCACGCUUCAAGCCGUAUUUGUCAGGGGCUCAUGAG